AUGAUCGGCGUUACAGCUGCUGUUCCCGCGGAGCAGCUCAAGUUGGAGAACAAUGAGUACAAGCUUCCGGCUACUUUCAUGCACGACAAGCGCGGUGCUUUCGUCAUUGCACCACAGUUAGCUGAUGGUUCUGAGGUUCUCAUCGGAAAGCAAAAGAUCUUUGCUGGUGAAGAUCCAGGCCGUGAUGCUUGGAAGGCCAUGAACUCUGAUAAGACGUGGUGCGUUGACUUUCUCCGCGAAGGCAACGAGGACUUCCCUGCUAUCGUCGCAAACUCAACCUCAGAAAUCUCUCCUGAUAGAGUCAACCUCUGGCCAUUCUAUCUCCUCCCUAAGCUUGAGACCUGGGCUUCUAGCGCCAAGCACGGCCGCAUUGCUAUCCUGGGCGAUGCCGCACACGCUAUCCCUCCCACCGCCGGCCAGGGUGUGAACCAAGCUUUUGAGGAUGUAUACACAUUCGCUGGAGUUCUUGGUCAGUUGAAAGACAAGAACAGUGAGGGUCUCAGUGAUGCUCUUGGACGGUGGCAGAAGGGGAGGCAGGACCGUGUUGAUAAGAUCAUUGACUUGAAUAAUGAGAUCAAUAAGAGGAGGAUGCCGAAGCAGGAUGAUGUUGAGACUAAGCCUUUUGAUAUUGACUGGUUGUAUUCGGUUGAUUUGGAUCAGAUGGUGCGAGACUUUGUUGGUGGUAAUUAG